AUGCCGCGGCUUGGACUCCUGCUGGUUCGGUUCUCCUGUGAGCUUACCGACAGCAGCAGACGCAGGAAGCUGUGCGGCAGGCACCUACUGAAAGAAAUCAUAAAACUUGGCAGUGUGAACUGGAGCCAUUUCGAGCUGGAAACCACUGUCACACAGAUGCUCUUCCAGACAUCGGAAGUUGAAAGUUUCAUCCCUGACAGACUAGAAAGCUCCCAAACCACUAUUCCGAUCUGGGGUAGGGGCACAGACCCAGUCUCUACUUCUGCCUUUCAGGAAGAAGCAAUAAACAGUUUGGAGAUGCCGUUGUUACCUGAGUAUCAGUAUAAAAAGACCAACUUGCCACCUGAGAUGAUAAGAGAAUUUUCCUCAUUCCAAGAUAUAGAUCCAUAUAUUCAUGAGAUUGUAGAACUUCAGAAGAAAAGUACAAACAAAAUGAAAACUGUAAGCAGUUUGUUUUGGGGGAACUAUACCCAAAGAAAACACAGAGGAUACUCAGAAAAGUGUUGUCUUAAAGGAUGUACAAAAGUAGAACUUAGUAUUGCAUGCCUUCCAUAUAUUGAUUAUAAAAACUUAAUAAAAGAAUCAUCAGGUGUGACUGAGAUACACUAACCAUCAUAGAAAUUAUACUAACCUAAUAAAAGCUUAACAUAUUUUACUUUUUCUUAAUUUUUUUGGUAAUUGUCCUUGAAGUUUCUCUGCUAUGAACAAAUCUGAAUGUACUUGCAAGCACUUGACAAUACUUUUUGGUGGUAAUAGGAAUCUUAGUGUGUUCUUUGGUGACCAUUUCUUCAUAUAUGAUUAUAUUUGAAAAAUAUAAUACUGGAAGUGGCAUGAUCCAUGUAGACAUUUAAGAAUUACCUGUUCAUUCAUUGAAACGCUCUUAAGCUGCAUUUAAGUUGAAUUAUGAAAUGUUCUACAUUCCAUUUGUAUGACAUACAAAUUGAUCCCCAUGACUAGAAGGUUCACUCUAGUGUACCAAUAUAUCUGUCCCAACAACUUAAAAUACUAGCCACAAUUCCUAGUAGGAGCUCUUACACUGUAAUAAUAGGUACACUUUUAAUUCUGUGAGUUUUAUUAUAGUAACUGGUCAGAAAUCUUUUCACAAGGAAUGUCUUUAGGUUGUAAAAUCUCUCCAAAAUAAUCUGUCUUUGAAGAUGCUGAUAUAAGGAGACACUCUAUUCUGGCCUGACGGGAUAGGGUGCUGACCAAGCUAGCAGUGACAGCAUCACGCAGGUUAUUGUUAGUAAUACAAUUAUAAAGUCCCAUCAAAAGCCUACUGCGUCAGAAACUCUGGGUAUAGGGUUCAGCAAUUUACAUUUUUACAGGCCUUCCAGGUCAUCAGAAAUAGGUUAAAGGUCAAGAACCAGUGGUAAUAGAGUCACUAUAUGAAUAUUGCUGAAAUCGUGCUAUUUAUGUGCUUUUAUAUCUCAAUAUAGAUGUCUUAAAACCAGGUUUUGGUAUUUUUCCACUUGAUGUCUGCAUUUGAAAUUUUUAAAAUUAAUUUUUAUUUUUUGAUAUAAUUAAUCUACAAUUACAUGAGGAACAUUGUUUACUAGACUCCCCACAUCACCAAGUCCCCCAAUAAACCCCAUUACUGUCUCUCUCCAUCAGCGUAGUAAGAUGCUGUAGAAUCAUUACUUGUCUUCUGUGUGUUGCA